AAAGACCGCUAUUCGAGCAAGCACCAACAUUUAUGGGACCGAAUAUAGACGACUUUAAUAUAUGACAUCGUGUUAACUAAAGAGUUUCCUGGCGGUCGUGUGUUUUAACCUGGCGGUCGUGUGUAUCAACAUUCCGGCUGACGACAGUUUUUAUCCUUGACCAAAACAGCUGCGUAUAAGUUAAACAUUGAAAAUAUGGCCACCGAGUGAUCUGGGUUUCCCGGAAAGGACUUUUGAGACAGCGGAGAACAGAUGGACGGGCCGAUGCGUGUGCUGGUGACGGGUGGCAGUGGGCUGGUGGGCCGAGCGAUAGAGCGAGUGGUGAAAGAGGGAGAAGGAAGAGAAGGAGAAGAAUGGAUAUUCCUGUCGUCCAAAGACGCCAAUCUCUUGAGCCCUGAAGAGACUAAAGCAGUGUUUGAGAAGCAUCGUCCCACACACGUCAUUCAUUUAGCUGCGAUGGUCGGCGGACUCUUUAGAAACAUGAGACAGAACCUGGACUUCUGGAGAAGUAAUGUGUUCAUCAAUGACAACGUGCUGCAGGCGGCUCAUGAUUCUGGAGUGGUCAAAGUGGUUUCUUGCCUGUCGACCUGCAUCUUCCCAGAUAAAACCACCUAUCCCAUAGAUGAGACAAUGAUCCACAAUGGUCCUCCACAUGAGUCUAAUUUCGGGUACGCCUACGCCAAACGCAUGAUUGAUGUCCAGAACAGGGCGUUUUUUCAGCAGUUUAAUCGGCGAUACACGGCCGUCAUCCCCACCAACGUGUUUGGAUGCCAUGAUAACUUCAACAUUGAGGACGGUCACGUGCUGCCGGGCCUGAUCCACAAGACGUACAUCGCAAAAAAGGAAGGUAAACCUCUGGUGGUCUGGGGUUCAGGUCGCCCCCUGCGGCAGUUCAUCUAUUCUCUGGAUCUGGCUCGUCUGUUUGUGUGGGUUCUGCGAGAGUAUGAUGAGGUGGAGCCCAUCAUCCUAUCCGUUGGUGAGGAGGAUGAGUUGUCCAUAAAGGAUGCUGCGGACGCUGUGGUUGAAGCACUGGAGUUUACAGGUGACGUGAUCUAUGACACCAGUAAAGCAGACGGACAGUUCAAGAAAACCGCCAGUAACGCCAAACUGCGCAAAUACCUGCCAGACUUCAAGUUUACUCCAUUCAGAGAAGCCAUCAAGGAGACGUGCGAUUGGUUUGUGGCCAAUUAUGACACCGCCCGUAAAUGAAGAUCCUCACUUCUCAUUGGAGAGUUUGAACACUGUUUAAUGCUGGAAACCAAACAGGACAGACACUUUUAACAUCUAUUUUAUUAUUAUUAUUUUUUUAACAGAAUCAUUUAGCACUGUGUUUAUUUAACGUUUUUCACACAAGCGUUUCCAUUUGCAAAAACUACAACAUGCUCUAUUGCACAUUGCCUGAUCUGACUGCGCCAUCUAGUGGACAUCAUCAGCGAUUGGUGCAUUUUAAAACAUGAAGAAAUACUAUAGUGAUUUAUAGUAAAUACUGUUUUUGGACCAUAGCUAUAGUAGUCUGUUAUAGGGUAAAUAUUAAAGUAUUUACAACUUUUUGUCACGAAUGCUACAGAAUACUGUAGUAUUACCUAGUGAUAAACUCUACUAAAUGUACUAUAAAAACUGUA